AUGCACAGGCCGGAGGAUGGCGAGCUGGAGGAGGGCGAGCUGGAAGACGAUGGGGGGGAAAUGGAGGCGGAGGAGGCGGGCGGUGGCCUGCCCGCCUCCGCCGGACCGGGCGGAGACGGGCUAGACGAGGCGGGCGGAGGAGGAGGAGGAGGGGUACCGGGGGGCGAGGGCCCGGCGGAGAGGCCCCCCCCGCAGGGAGCGCCACGCCAGCAGCGAGUCGGACGACGAGCGGUCCCACCGGCGCAAGAGGAAGCGGAAAAAAGAGCGGGAGCGGGAGAAGAGGAGGGCCAAGAAGAAGCGCAAAUCCAAGCACAAAGUAAGGAGGAAGAGGAGGAGGAGCGCCACGCGUCCUCCGACGACGACCACUCCGACUUUAGCGAGGACUCCGACUACAGCCCCAGCGAGAAGAGGAAGUACAGGGAGUACAGCCCCCAGUACCCCCCCCCUCCCCACGGGGGCUACGGCGGCCCCAAGAAGGGCGGCUACAUGAAGAUGGAGAAGCCGAGCUACGGGGGCUACGACGACUACAACGAGGACAACUACGAGGGGGAGGAGGAGGAGGACUUGGUGGAGGAGGACUACGACGACUUCGCCAAGGAGCUCAACCAGUACCGCAAGGCCAAGGAGGGAGGGGGCGGCCGCGGGGGCCGAGGGGGCCGAGGGCGCAUGAAGGGCCUGAGGGGCCGCGGAGGGAUGCGGGGGGGCAGGAGAGGCCGAGGGGGGGGGAGAGGACGAGGAGGCCGGAUGGGCGGAGGCAAGAUGGGCGGAGACAACGACGACGGAGACGGCUACGGGGACGAGAUGGAGCUGAAAAUGCCUUACGGAGAAGACGAGUACGACAACAUGGGCGAGGACGACUACGACGACUACUGCAAGGAGCUCAAUCAGUACAAAAAGUCCAAAGACAGAGGCAGAGGGGGCAAAGGCGGCCGCGGGCGGGGCCGAGGCAAAGGAGGCCGGGGCAUGAUGCGAGGCGGAAAGGGCCGGAACCGAGGAAGAGGCAGAGGGGACAUGGGCAACGAUGAUGACCACGGGGACAUGGACAACGGGGUACAGCCCCCGCCCCUCUCAGCCAAUCCCACGCCCAGACUGAAGGCGUUCAGCCGGAGCUCAUUUCCCCUCUGCUGUGUCAUUCAGGACGGGGCCGGACCCGAUGGGCCGGGAAUGGGGAGGAGGAACCACCACGAAAAGCACCAGGAUAAGAAAGGGAAGGCCAUCUGCAAGUACUACAUCGAGGGAAGAUGCACCUGGGGCGACCACUGCAACUUCAGCCACGACAUCGAGCUGCCGAAGAAGAAGGAGCUCUGCAAGUUCUACAUCACCGGCUUCUGCGCCCGGGCCGACCACUGCCCCUACAUGCACGAUAUCCUUCACCCACCCUCUGUAGAGGUUUUCUCUGCCGCUCCCCUCUGGCUCCGACACCCACUCACGGGUUUCUCCUUAACUCCCCAAAUACGCGAGUUCCCCUGCAAGCUGUUCCACACCACGGGGAACUGCGUCAACGGCGACGAGUGCAUGUUCUCCCACGAAGACCUGAACGACGACACCCGGGAGCUGCUCAACAAGAUGCUCUCGGAGGACGCCGAGGCCGGGGCCGAGGACGAGAAGGAGGUGGAGGAGCUGAGGAAGCAGGGGAUCGACCCUCUGCCCAAGCCCCCCCCAGGAGUCGGCCUCCUGCCCACCCCUCCCCGGCCCAUUCCCAUGGACAACAGCAUGGGGGGCGGGGAUUUCGGCGGGCCCCCGCCCGGUGACUUUGGGGGUCUCCCCGGGCCCAAUCAGGGGCCCAUGGGGGGCAAAGGCCCCCCGGUUCCGGUGCCCCUUCCCGGGCCCAACCCCAACGCGGGGCCGCCCCUCCACUGUCCAGACGGAGGUCCCUUCCAGGGGGGGUUACCCCCGAAUCCCGGCGGCCCUCCUCCCCACAUGGGGCCCCCGCCCUCUGGUGGCGGAGGGGGGGGCUGCAAGAAGAUCCCCUCGUUGUUUGAGAUCAAAGUUCAGCCGACAGGACAGCUGGCGCAGAAACUGGCGCUAGCAUGGCAGAUGCUCCCGUUGGGCUCAGAUCUUCUGGCCCAGUUUCCACAGACUAUGAACCCGACAUGGCAGCUAGCAGGCUCCAUCCCGGCCAGGCCCCCAGUGGGAACCAGACUCAGACUGCAGCUCCUGGGCCUCCGGGCCCCCCCGGCGCCGCCCCCCCCCCCCUCCCCCCCCCCCCCCGGCAUGAUGUCACCGGACAUGCAGAACAUGGGGCCCAACAUGGGGCCUGGCGGGCCGCCCAUGAUGGGGGCCUUCGGCUCCGGCGACGGCCCCCCGAUGCCCCCGCCCCCCCAGGGAGGAAACUUCUUCAACAACUUCUUCAAUCAGCAGGAGGGGAUGAAGAUGGAGGGAGCCGGGCCAGAAGGUGAGCGAUUCGGGGGCCGGGCCCCCCCUGGUGCCGGUCUUUUAAACCCCCCCCCUAACGGGCGCCGCUGUCCCCUCUCAGGCGACGGCUUCCAGGGCUUCUCCGGCAUGGAGGACCGGCCGGGAGGGGCUAAGUUCAGUAACCAGGAGGGCCCGGCCAACGGCGGCCCCAGCGCCCCGGGGGGGAUCUCCGUGCCGGACUUCCUGCCCCCCGCCCAGCGCGUCCUGUUCAUGAGGAUCCAGCAGAAGCAGCAGGAGGAGGAGGAGAGGGCCCGCCGGAUGGCCGAAGGAGGAGCAGAGAAGAGCAAAGACGCUGAAGGCGACUCGGGGAACUGGUACUCCAGUGAGGACGAGGACGGCGGCGGCAGCGUGACCUCCAUCUUGAAGACGCUCCGCCAGCAGACGCAGGUUCCCCAGAAGCCCGACGGGCUCCCGAGCGACCCGCGCCUCCUCAAGGCCGCCGCCGGCAACCCGCCGUCCCGCCCGGCCGACCCCCGCCUGGCCCGGGACCCCCGCCUGGCCCGCGCCGCCGAGUCGGCGUCCGACCCGCCGGGCGCCGCGGCAACUUCCUCCGGGCCGCCGGCCGACCCCCGGCGAGCCCGGCUAGCAGCGGCGGCGGCCGCCAGCUCGCUAUCACCACCCGCCGCCAAGCCGGAGCCCCCGCUGGUCUACAAGCCGCCGCCGCUCACGGCGCCGGCGGCGGAGGAGGAGGAGGUGGAGCGCGUGCUGCGGGACAAGCCGGUGCCGGUGCCGCUGGACCCGCUGAUGGGCAUGGCGCUGCGGGACCCGCGCUCGCAGCUGCAGCAGUUCAGCCACAUCAAGAAGGACAUCCUGCUGCACAUGCCCGCCUUCGCCAAGACCCCCGGCAGCCCCGGCGCCGCCGGCAGCCCCCCCGCCCCCGCCGGCGCCGAGCCGCGGCCCGCCGACCCCCCCGCCAAGCCCAAGCCCAAGGAGCCGCUGUUCGUCAGGAAGUCUGCGCUGGAGCAGCCGGAGCCGGAGAAGCAGGAGCAGGGCACCGACCGCUACAACAGCUACAACCGCCCGCGGCCCAAGCCCGCCCCCUCACCCGGAGCCCCGCCCCCGGGGGGGCCCGCCGCCGCCGGGGGGGCAGGAGCCCCGGGGGCCGGCGCCGAGCAGGGCCCCGCCGGCGUCCACAACCUGCCCGUGUCCGCGCUGUUCGGCCGGCAGCCCACCAAGGCCGGCGGCACCGGCAGCCCGUUCGGGGGCAGCAGCCCGGCGCAGCCCGACCCGGCCGCCGCCGCCGCCGCCGCCGAGCAGGACAACGCCUCCCUGAAGGACGUUUUCAAAGGGUUCGACCCCACCGCCUCCCCCUUCUGCCAGUGA